AUGAAUUUCUUUUUUGGUAAAAACAUUCCCAGUGUUCUAUUGAUGUCUCUGGUUAUUCUGGCGAAUGCUCAAAGAAGAGAUGUCGGUAGGAGCAAAAAGUACUCGCCCCCGCCUUUCGAGGCAGACUUGGAACCGAGUGGUUACAAUCAAUGUUCAAGCUGUAACGAUGACGACCUCGGCGUGACGCGGUGGACGAUGCCUCUACUCAAAUCUGGAGAGAAGAAAUAUUACCUCGGAAUCUUCUUUAAGGCGAACUGGUUCAAAGCCCAGCAGUACUGCAGGUUCCACGGCAUGCACUUGGCGUCCAUUUCUUCACAGCAGGAGAAUGACAAACUGGAACAAUACGUUAAGGACUCAGGUUUCGGCCGUGAACACUUCUGGACAUCAGGCACUGACUUGGCUGAAGAAGGCAGCUUCUUCUGGAUGGCCAACGGCAGACCGCUGACCUUCGUGAACUGGAACGCUGGAGAGCCCAACAACUUCCGCUACGAAAAUGGAGAAGAAGAGAACUGCUUGGAGCUGUGGAACAGAGACGACAAAGGUCUCAAGUGGAACGACUCCCCCUGCUCCUUCGAAACGUUCUUCAUCUGCGAAGUGAGGUCCGAUUGA